GCGGAAGCCUCUAAAAAUACUGGAAAUGACAGUCCGCCUGCGGACCACGAUUCGAUGGAGACGCGACCGUCGCCGGCACCGAUUAUCGUACGGAGGAAGACGGGAAAUAGUGAAUACACCGCUGUGAAAAAUGGUCGUGAUCAAAGCGUUCCUGCUGGUCGUUGCCACUUCAAGAGCGUACACGCUUCAAGAGUCCGUCUCGACUGAUUCGGCCCCGGGCGGUAACAAUUGCUCGACCACCGACAGCUUCCUCAUUCUUCCUUUCUCAAACGAGACGCGGGAAGGCGAGAUGGACACGACGGCGGACGUGCUUACAGACGGCACGAAGAACAACCCGAACGUGUCGCAUCCGCGGACGUUGACCUCGCCCAACGAUUGGGACGAGAAACCGAGGCUGAAGUUUCCGAAAUUCACCGCGGAGAAGCGUUACAAGAUGGCGAGUUUGCAUCUCGAUAAGGGUUGGUUCGCCUUCGACUUUCUCAGGGGCUUCCUCUCCUUCAUACAGCCUUACGAUGUACCGACCGAGCUGCUGGCGGACGUUGUGGAAAAUCGCAUAAGCGCCGGCAAAUUGAUCUCCGAGUCUAUGCACGUGGAAGCAGCUUUUCUGGGCUUAGUAGGCGUGUGCUGCGUACUGGCCUGCAUAAUACCUGGCACGGAACUUUGGCUCGCCUGUCGUCCAAUCAGAGAGGAUUACAAACCCUCCCGGCAUCCCGGUGUUCUCGCAUUUCUCCUCGCCGUUCUCGCCUUUAUGCUCGGGUCUUGCAUGGUGACAAUGAUAAUAUGCAACGAGACGGUGGGAGCCGGGAUCGGGAAGCUACCUAUGACGGUGGAGACGGCAUUGCAGGACUUAAAGGACUAUCACGCGGAUACAACGUCGCAGCUGCGAAAGUGUCUCACGAGGAGCUUGGACGUGGCCAGUGAGGCGGUUCUCGCCGAUCUGGACAAUGUCGAGGAAUUAUUGGGUAGACCAGUGCAGGCGGAACUCUCGGCGGAGACUGGACUUGACGUCGCAUUGGACGCGCUCGUCGACCUGGCGAAUGCGACGCAGGAGUUAUCAGCCAGGGUCGAGUCUUUGCUCAGAGAGGGCGAGAAGGCGCACGAACUCGGGUCGGAAUUGAGUAGAGAAACGGACGAGAUACGGCGGGACUUGGAAGGUGCGGUGAGAGCGUGCUCCGGUCCAGAUCGUUCCCUUUGUGCUGUCAUUGACUCUUCCGGGAUUCGCCUGGAUCUGCGGAUAGAACGGCUACUGCGAGACGAUCGUCUGCUACGUCUACGGAGCACUAGUCGAGAAAAUUUGACGGAAGCGGGACGCCAAGCUCGCGGAGAAUAUCUCCACGUACCGCAUCACAUCGCCAGGACCACGUUGGAUGUUCGAAACCAGAUUCGCCGCGAGAUCAAUGCAGCACGUGCCAGAAUUGUCGAUCAAACGCGCAACAUAGAGACGAGCAGUUUCGAACUCUCAAAGCAGCUGGAUUUAGCGAAAAGCGCUACGGAUUACGUUAUACCUCGUGUCAUCGCUUUCGAGCAUGUCAGAUGGAUCGUCGGUACAGCUACUGUUCUGUGCGUUUUGCCAGUGUUUUCCUUGCUGAUCGGGGCUCUAUGUUGCCGCUGCAGCUCGUCCGAUGACAAAGUGCGUCCGGCUCUUCUAUGCGGUGUGGUCACGAGCUGUUUCGUCUCGAUUGCACUAUGGGCAGUGUUCGUCGUCGCUUUAGGCAUCUCCAGCCAUACAGAAAUGUUGAUAUGCCGGCCGCUCUACGAUCCCGACUAUCGUGCCAUAGGAGCUGUACUGGAAACCCGAGCGUUCUUGGGAAGAAGGCUCACAGUCCCCCUCAAGGAGCUCUUUGAAAAAUGUCGAAACAAUGAGGCAGCUUACCCCGCCUUCGGGCUCGAAAACACGAUGAAACUGGAACAUUUUACUGCGCAUUGGACGUGGCCGGGCUUGUCGAGGGCAAUCUCGGGUAUUAAAGUCGACCUAAAGGGUCUCGAAAUACUGACACCGAAUCUGCGACAACGUCUUCAGGAUCUCCUGCAUGCUUGCGGCUUAAACAUCACCGCGUACAGGAUCACGAUUCAAGGGCCGAUUCUCAGCAAGGAUCUCAACACCAUGUCGUACCAACUGGACAACAUAUCCCGCCAAUUGCAAGACCGAAGCAUCGCGAGGGAGUUGCAAAGCGUCGGGAUAACAAUGCGGGAUCUCACGUUGCGGCGAGUGAAGCCGCUAAUGAAGUUGCAGGACGACCUGGUGUAUCAACUGGCCCUUCUGGAAUUACAAGUACAACCCCUCUGGCGUCAAGUCAAUCAGUCGAUCUCUCACCUGAGGACCAUACAGUACUAUAUCGACCAUCGAGGCGAGAAGAUUGCUCAGCUGAAGACGAAGUCGUACGUGGACCGACUGGCGAAUUACCUGGAUCAGUGGCGGGCUCAUGUACUCGCUGAAACGAGCACCGGGGUGUCCAAGUGUCGCCCCUUGUGGGACGUACUGCAGGGAUUCCGGCACCUGCUGUGCGCACACAUCCUGAGUCCUCUUAAUGGUUUCUGGCUCGCUGUGUUCGUAUGCGUGGUCGUCAUGGUUGCCAGCACACCGAUCGCUCAUAUCCUGUCGCUGGUGUACAAGAGGUCGUCUCAUUUUGCGAGAGAUGUUAUCCUACUGCCGACGAGAACUGAAAGCCUCAACACAGAUACGUAUGACAGAGCGUGGCAAACACCGGAGCCACCGCCACCGCCGCAAAGAGACUGGUAAUAAUCAAGGAUGGAAGACGAGAACGAAGGCAGACUCAUGAUACGGCAUCAGAAUUUAUUAUAGCGGGAAACAUGGAAGAAGCUUCAGGUAUAGAUCGUACCAAAUAAGUCGUUCUCG